AUGGGCGUCUGGCCCUGGAUGGUGCACGACCCCACCGCCUUCCAGUCGUACUGCAGCCCCGACCCCCUCCCUUGCAGCGCGCGCCUCUUUCCCCCCGUCUUGGGCUUGGGCGACGUGGCCUUGGGGGCGGCGAGCGUGGCGGCGGUCCAAUCAGAGAAGGUGGCGCCCAGCGUGGUCUUGAGCGCCAGCAGGAUGUUGCCCUGUGUGGCGUCCAGUGGCACGCCUACGCAGAACCGCGGCAGCACUGCCGCCGUGGCACUGUUCGGAGUGCUGGUGCUGAGAGGCACAGCGGUGUCAGGAGCGCAGGUGCCGCCUCCACACACGGUCCCCGAGCCGUCGGCGGUGUCGCAGACGGGGCAGGCAGCGGCGGCGCGCUGCACGGUGCCGAGCGUGGUGCAGGCGCCGAUGCUGGCGAGGCAGUUGCUGGUGGCGGAGCAGGAGGAGAAGCCGGCGCCGGGGAAGGUGCCCGACAGCCAGUUGCCGUCCAGGGCAAUGGACUUGAGUGCCGCGCCUGGAGCAGGCAUGGCGCCGUACAGAUAG